AAAAUACAAAGGAGAAAACGACAAGUUUUAUAGAGCAGAGAUGGGAUAACCGAAUUAUGUUGUGUUGCAGUGGCAGCUUCCGAAUUCCUCCUCAGCUUACCAAAAACAAAGCCCUCCUCAUUUUCCCUUCUCACCCUGCUGCACUCACUCUCACCCAACCCAAUAACAAACACAAACACAAACACAAACACGAACGCUUUCAGAUUCACUCACUAAUGGAAGUGAACACUUCACACUCAAACUCAGGGCUGGACUUCCUCUCAAAGAAGCCAUACUCACCUCCUUCUUGGGCAUCCCACAUCAGCCCCAUCCCCUCUCACACCUUCUCUCUCGGUCACCUUCCCACUCCAAUCCACAAAUGGAAUCUUCCUAAUUUGCCCAACAACACCGAGGUCUGGUUGAAGCGCGAUGAUCUCUCGGGGAUGCAGCUCAGCGGCAACAAAGUCCGGAAAUUGGAAUUCCUGAUGGCAGAUGCCGUCCAAAAGGGUGCUGAUUGUAUCAUAACCAUAGGGGGCAUCCAAAGUAACCACUGUCGUGCAACUGCUGUGGCUGCAAAGUAUCUCAAUCUCGACUCUUAUCUCAUUUUACGUACCUCUAAGGUUCUUGUGGAUCAAGAUCCCGGACUUACCGGGAACCUUCUGGUUGAGCGUUUAGUCGGAGCUCAUAUUGAAUUGAUUUCAAAAGAAGAGUAUGCAAAAAUUGGGAGUGUGGCUCUUACUAAUACCUUAAAGGAAAGACUGAUAAAAGAAGGAAGAAGGCCAUAUGUCAUUCCUGUUGGUGGAUCAGACUCCCUCGGAACUUGGGGAUAUAUUCAAGCGAUUCGAGAGAUUGAGCAGCAGCUUCACAGUGGGGCUGGCAAAGUAAAGUUUGAUGAUAUUGUUGUAGCAUGUGGAAGUGGGGGUACAAUUGCUGGUUUGUCAUUGGGGUCUCGGCUGAGUUCAUUGAAGGCAAAAGUUCAUGCAUUCUCUGUCUGCGAUGACCCUGAUUACUUCUACGACUUUGUUCAAGGCCUACUUGAUGGACUUGAAGCAGGCGUUGAUUCACGUAAUAUUGUUAACAUUCAAAAUGCCAAGGGUUUAGGCUAUGCAAUCAACACUGCUGAGGAGCUUACUUUUGUGAAGGAGAUUGCCGCAACCACUGGGGUUAUUUUGGAUCCAGUUUACAGUGGCAAAGCUGCUUAUGGAUUGCUGAAAGACAUGGCUGAGAAUCCAAAGAAGUGGGAAGGAAGAAAGAUCCUCUUCAUACACACAGGAGGGCUGCUCGGGUUGUUUGACAAGGUUGAGCAGAUUGCUCCAUCAUUGGGAAAAUACAGCCGGAUGGAUGUCUGCGAAUCUGUUCCACGGAAGGAUGGUAUCGGGAAAAUGUUCUAGUCUCUACUCUCUAGAUAUUAAGAACUAUUGGAUUAAAUCUCCAAUCAAAGUCCAUACUGCUAUGAAUGAUGAUUAAGAAAAUGGUUUUCAUGUUAAUAAUAAAUAAGAGUAAUAGGAGGAGAGCUUCUAUUGUAUUAUUUGUCUAGGAUGGACAAAAGUAUGUUUUAUGGGAAACACUAGAAUGAAACAUCAGCAUCAUCAGUUAUAAUUUUAUGAUA